AUUUAACUUUGGUUGUUGCCUUUUUAGGGCAGGGUUGAGAGAAAAAGCUAAGAGAAGAGACUGCGUCUUCAGUCACCGCCCCACAACCUAUAAAAGUAUGUGCUCAGGUUAUCAUCCUUUGACUUCCACAAGAAACCAACCUGCAAGGAUCAAGCUCCAUCAUGGUGCACAGAGUAGCAGUGAUCGGUGCAGGCCCCUCUGGUCUGACCAGUGUGAAGGCUUGUCUGGAUGAGGGCAUGGUGCCAAUCUGCUUUGAAAGCAGCGAUGACUUAGGAGGACUGUGGAAGUUCAAGGAAGUGUCGGAGCCAAACAGAGCCAGCAUCUACCGCUCCCUCACCAUCAACAUCUCCAAGGAGAUGAUGUGCUACAGUGACUUCCCCAUCCCUGCUGAUUACCCCAACUACAUGCACCACUCUAAAAUCCUGAAAUACUUCAGGAUGUAUGCGGAUCACUUUAAACUGAUGAAACACGUUCGCUUCCAGACCUCCGUGAAGAGUGUCAAACAAAGACCAGACUUUUCUCGCACUGGCCAGUGGGAAGUGCUGACAGAGAAUAAAGAUGGACUUCAGGAGAGACAUGUCUUUGAUGCAGUUAUCUGCUGCGCUGGCCACUACACCUACCCCAACCUGCCGCUCAAAGACUUUCCAGGAAUUGAGUCAUUUGAGGGAAAAUACUUCCACAGCUGGGACUACAAGGGGCCUGAGGACAUGUUCGGGAAGAGAGUGGUGGUCAUCGGCAUCGGUAACUCGGGAGGCGACAUCGCUGUGGAGAGCAGCAGAGUGGCAGAGCAGGUGUAUAUGAGCACUCGUCGUGGUGCCUGGGUCAUCCGACAGGUUUCCGACGACGGCCUGCCAGUGGACAUGAAGUACAACACGCGCUUUGUCCACAUCCUCUUCCAGCUGUUGCCCAUCAACUCCCUUAACUGGUUUGGCGAGAAGAAACUCAACGCCAUGUAUGACCACACCAUGUAUGCCCUCAAACCCAACCACAGACUCUUCAGUCAGAUCCCAGUGAUAAACGACGAUCUGCCUUUAAAGAUUCUGUCCGGGUCGGUCAUUCUCAAAUCAAACGUGAAGGAGAUCCGUGGCUCCACCGUGAUGUUCGAGGACGGCAGCACUGUGGAAAAUGUGGAUACGAUUGUGUUCGCCACAGGUUACAACUAUGAUUUCCCUUUCUUGCCGAGCAGUGCUAUUUACAAGUCCGGGCACCGCGUGGGUAUGUACAAGCACGUCUUUCCUCCCAACCUGGAGCACAACACUCUGGCUGUCGUGGGUUUCAUCCAUGCCCUUGGAGCCAUCAUGCCCCAGGCUGAAAUACAGGCCCGCUGGGUGGCACGUGUCUUCAAAGGACUUAAAAAGUUGCCCUCAAACCAGGCCAUGAUAAAGGCUGUCGAUAGGGACACCAAGGACAUCGCAAACACCUACAUAGUGUCAAAGUUGACACCUCUGCAGGUGGACUUUGUUACCUACAUGGAUGAGAUAGCAGGAGAGAUUGGGGUGCGGCCAAGUCUCCUCUGGCUCUUCUUCACAGACUACCCGUUGUUUAAGAAGGUUCUCUGGGGACCUGUCACCUCCUACCAGUACCGCUUGAUGGGACCAGGGAAAUGGGACGGAGCCCGCAGAGCAAUCUUCACCCAGUUUGAGCGCAUGUUCCAGCCCCUAAAAACCAGACAGAUGGUGACAGACGAGCCCUCCGUCACUGGCCGCCUGUUUAAGCUGAGCCUGACCCUCAUGGCUGGAGGAGCUGCCGUCUACUACGUCCACGUGCGCAACCCGACCGCCAUCCCCAACCUGCUGUCCAAAAUCCGUCCGCAGACAGUCUGAACACGCUGCAUUGAUCAGACGACGUGCAACAUGCAAACCAAAUACUAUAUGUACUGUUUCUAGAUCCCUUUAGAAAUCUAGUUCAGUAAACUUGUUGUGAUUAUGGGAAUGAUUUUAGGGGUCACUGUCUAAGCUAGAGGUAUUACGAUAUCUAUACAUUUAGUUUAUUUAAAUGCCUAAACAUUUCUCUUGAUAUGCAACUAUUUUACAUCAACAAAAUAUGGAAAUGUAACAUUGGUUUACAUGUAUCUACACAAUUGUUCGCUGCUAAUGAUUGCUGUCAGCGAUACAAUAUCCAAUCUUUGCAGUAUCCCAGUCAUAGUAAAUAUUGAAAAAUCAACACUGACUGAGAGUAGCUCCAUACGAUAUCCAGAGCAUUAAUAUAGCAGAAAACAACUAUUAUAACUAUGUAAAGAUAUAGAGUAGUAAUGUCUACCUGAGCAGAGGACGAAGUCCCUCUCCCUCUGUGUGUGUUGUAAUCUGAGUUUCUCUGUGCUUUGUUGACAUAGCCGGGCCGGCAACGCAUGUCUUUUAGUGCAUGUGAGCCAGCAGUGUAACAUAAUUGUGAUUGGCCCCAGUGCAAGUUUGUGCACGUACACACAUAACCACUCCAGACAAUUGCAAAGCAGACAAUUGCUGCUAUGCCACCAUGGAGAAGCUCACCAUGCACCUCCAAUACUGAGAGCCGUGCCGAGGCAAUAGAUAUGCUCUGAAUUCAGCAUUGAGCACCUUUAAAGUAUGAGAGAGGAUCCAAACUUGAGCGUCCAGUGUCAGAGUCACACACAUUCAUCCAUCAACAUUCACACCAUUACAUUUCCCUGCACUAAAUGAAAGUCACACCACUUCCUACAUUUUAAUGCAAAGUUGGAAAUUGCAAAUGUUUGCAUAUGAACACAACUGGCAGAAGAUAGAUUGGCUGAACCUGUGUUUUUAUUCCUUUGUAAUUUCUUUGUUGUCUGUUGAAAUUUACUGGAUUGUUAAAGGUCAAACAACACUAAGCUAACCAGACUUAUGUACGUCAUAUUUAACUUUAAGUCACAAUGUGAAAGAGUGUUUUUUCCUGUGUGAAUAAAUAAAACAUCUUUCUAAGAGCAA